AUGCCUUCUUCGAUAUCAUACAAUCUAGUCCCUCUAACGACCUACCGAGCCAGGUGGGGCAACUUCAACCUCAAGAACGCUGUCACCAUAGUGUGCGAACUCGCGCUGAACAACCCUGAAUUUCACGUCAAAGCCUUCGCUCCCACAUUCGGCGAGCAGCAGGUUCUCCGCCACCUUGGCACCUGCGCGAGCGGCGACAAGGCGCACUGGAUGCCCAGUAGGCGUCCUCAGUCGCCCGCCGACCGAGCGGAGUUCGAGGAUCCUGGCGACAACUUCGAGCUCUGGGAUUGCUGCCGGCUCAUUCGGGAGGGCGCUCUCGUUAACGGCCUGCCCAUCCAGUACGAAAAGUUUUUCUACGACACUGGACUCCGAGACCCCGUCCAGAUCGUGUACACCGCAGAGCUCGGAAGCCGCGGGCCCUUCCCGCGUGAUGAGCUCGACGCCGUCAACGCCUGGUUCGACUAUAUUUGCACUGAUCAGUUCGCUCAGGAACAUGGCCCGCUAGACAAGUUCGAGUAUAGCACCUUCAGGCUGCUGAAGCGCAACGUUCAGUUCUGGUGCAUGGAGAAGGCAGGCUGGAGUCCGAAGACUAUGCUGUCCUUUAUUGGCUUUGAUAGAUCGUCACCCACAUUGUCCUGA